CAGAAACAAAAAACCAACUUCUCUCGUCUCUGGAUCCGAUCCCAAUUUCAAACCUGAGGCAGCUGCUUGGCAACCCUCCCAGCAUCAAAGAUGAAGAUCUCCAAGGCUCCACAGCUCCUGAAGAAGGCCGCGGCAAUGUGCAAGAGCAAGACGGGCGUGCUCGCAGGCAGGCUCCUCGUCCUCGCUGCGCUCCAGCGCCGCAGGAUGACCUCGGUCGCGGUGAUCUCUCACAAGAUCCACGCGCUCGUUGUGCUUGACCGGGAGAGAAUGGACUGUCGCAAGGCACUCAUGCUGCACAAGGUCGAGAGGAGACCGGCCGUCAUCCAUGAAGAUGACAUGGCUUCCGAUCUCUCUCAUCAAUUGGCUCUGUUCGGUCAGGAAACUGCUCAUGGUGGCUGCCCUGACUGGACACUGCACCCCAUCUUCAGCGAUGAUGACAACUCCUACACCGAAGAGUCCAACGACGAAGAUGAUGGUGAUGUGCUACUCGAUGCGUGCCAUGAUGAUGACGACGAGCCAUCGGUCAUGGAUGUUAUCAGGAUCAACCGAGAGGUAGAGGGUUUGGAGUUCAACAUGGAGGAGGAGAUUGACCAGGCUGCCGAUAUGUUCAUCAGGAGAUUCCGGAAGCAGUUGAGCAAGGGCUUUUAGUGUCUACAUUCAUGUGUCAGCAUCCUUGCAACGGCCUAGGGUGUUGCUUCUUUGUUGAAGCACCCGCUAAUUAAUUAGGAAAUUUUGGAGAAAUCAAUACGAGUAGGAAUUGAUAUUGAGCACACAAAUGAUCCUUUUAGAACUUUUCUAAUUUUCUCAUC